UACUAGUCCCUCCGAGAGCGUGUGACAAAGUUUUACAUUGCGUGUUACGUCUAUCUUAUACCUCGCCUGUGGUACAAUCAAACGUUUUAUUAUAUUUUCUUUAGAUGGUAAAUAAAGGAAUGAUUUUACGUCAACAUGUUUUUUAUAUAAUGGCUCUUUCAACGAAAACGAUUGAGUUCCGACCUAUGAUUCCUUUGAGACCUUUUUUUCUCGCAAUGAGUAAAAUUCAUUGCAUUAAAAAAAAUGUUGACCUUGAAAUGUAAAGUCAAGAUAACUUUCCACGGAUUUUUUUUAUCAAAUCUUCAAUCCAGUGGUGUACAGUGUAGAGUCACACUACCGUGAUUUUUAUACUUAAUUUGUAUACACCCUGUACAUAAAUAUUUCUAUUAUUACAUAAAUGACAUGACAUGAUAACAUUUAUUUCAUUUAAUGUACUUAUGUAAUUAGUUGACGUCUAUGAACGUUAUUCAAGUGAUAAGGUUAUCAAGAGAAACUAACAAGAUGGCUACACGGUGGGGUAUUGCAAGCGCUGGAAAAAUUUCCCACGAUUUCGUAUCGGCUUUACGGACAUUACCAGCAUCCGAACAUGAAGUUGUCGCGGUUGCAGCAAAGGACCUUUCACGAGCACAGGCUUUUGCUGACUUGCAUAAGAUUAAGAAAGCAUAUGACAGUUAUUUAAAAUUGGCACAAGACAAAAACGUCGAAGUCGUAUAUAUUGGGGCACUAAACCCCCAGCAUUCGGAAAUCACAAAAUUAAUGUUGAAUAACGGCAAACAUGUUUUGUGUGAAAAGCCUUUAACUUUGAACUUGAAACAAACAACUGAAUUAGUUAAUUUGGCGAAAAGCAAAAAUCUCUUUUUAAUGGAAGCUAUUUGGAGUAGAUGUUUCCCCGCAUAUGAAAUGGUGAAAAAGGAGAUUGAGAGUGGAAGCAUUGGAGAAGUUUACCAGGUUCUUGCAUCUUUCGGAUUCAAUUUGAGCGAAGUUGAAAGGAUUAAGUCAAAACAGAUGGGAGGUGGAACAAUAUUAGAUUUGGGCGUGUAUGGAAUACAAUUUGCUUGUUUAAUAUUUGAUCACGAAGUACCACAUACUAUACGAGCUUCUGGUUGUUUAAAUGAAGAAGGUGUUGAUUUAUCUGCGUCUGCGAAUCUCCACUAUAAAGGAAAUCGUACUGCAACCUUGCUCUUCCACGCACUGGUUGACUUGCCAAAUGAAGCCCACAUUAUUGGGACGAAAGGAAUAAUAAAAAUACCGCAGUUUUGGUGCCCUAUAAAAGUGGAAUUCCCAGACAGAACGGUGGAAUUUUCACUUCCGGAAAAUAAUCAAAAAUUUAACUUCAUUAAUAGUGUUGGAUUAAGAUAUGAAGCUGAUGAAGUUCGCAAAUGUAUUCUAAAGGGUGUGAUCGAAAGUCCUAAGGUACCGCACAGUGCUUCUUUGUUAAUUGCACAAUUGGAAGAUGAAAUUCGAAAGCAAGUUGGUGUUGUAUUUCCUGAAGACUAAAACACAAAAUCUACAAAAAGAUAUGUAAUUUUAUUGCAAUAAUAAAGACUAUACUU